AUGGCGGCAUCUCUGUUCACAUACUCCUCAACCUCUCGAAGGGUCAUUCCUGCCCCAAACUCUCCUCCUCUUCCCAUUCACAUCAAGGCCAGCAAUGUCAUCUUCAACCCUGACAUUCCAGAAGUGCAUCGAGGUCUUGGACUCGAUGAUUUCGUAAAUUUCUUGGCUUCUUGCCGCCUUCGAUAUGCCAUCAGUGAUUUACCAUCCGAGUUCUUCCCUGAACACGUAUGUGAGUUCUACUAUACUGCAACAGUCAACGAAGAAAACAAUGCCAUCACCGGAACCAUUGGCCAUGGCAGACACUCUGUCUUCAUCACCGCAGAACUUCUCAGUGCUGCUUUAUGGUUACCAAUUUUCGAACCCUUUUCUGAACCUCCUACUAUUGAAAGAUGCUGGAAGUUCUUCACUGGUGCUUUAUGCAAGUGUGUGGGUCAUAAGUCUCGCAGUGGUGACCAACUGAGCAAUUAUGAGCAACAAGUUGUCUGCUCCCUUCUUCUCAACAAAAGACUGGAUUAUGGGGCUCUUUUCUUUGAUCAGCUUAUUCAGCUUCUACGUGCAAAUGUGCGUGCUGAUCAUGUACCCUUUCCACGCUGGAUUGCCUUGGUGUUCGAAAAAUUCUUCGCCCCGGAAUACUUUUCUCACUCUGGGAAUCCAAUUCAAUGCCCUUGA